GUCAAAUGUCCGAGGUGUCCUGAAGGCAGCGGCGCACUGACAGCAGCAGCACAGGAAGAGCGUGUUGUGUUCAUGUGUGCUGGACAGGUCAUGGUUCACGUGCACAGGCGGGUUGGGACAAUGAUGGGAGCUCCCGUGUCUGAGACGUGUUGAUCCGGCUUCAUGGGGAUCAGGAUGUCCCGCAGCGGCAGCCGCCAGUCUCUUCUUCCGGGAAGGAAGCACGAAACGCGGCGGGGAGAAGAGCCGCUGCCCGACACCGACUCUCUGGACGGGAUGGACCGCAGGGAGGACAUAGCGCAGUUCCCGUACGUGGAGUUCACCGGGAGGGACAGCAUCACCUGCCCCACCUGCCAGGGCACCGGCCGCAUCCCCUCAGAACAAGUGAAUGAACUUGUGGCUCUGAUUCCAUACAGCGACCAACGGCUGCGCCCCCAAAGAACUAAGCUGUAUGUGGUGCUGUCUGCGGCGCUGUGCCUCUUCGCCUCGGCUCUCGUGGCGUUCUUCCUCUUCCCUCGGCCUGUUGUUGUCGUGUUUGACGGGGUGCACUCUGUGAUCGUCCACUUUGACCCCAACAACCAGAUGGUCCUGAUGAAGCUGACUAGCACUCUGAACUUCAGCAACCCAAACUUCUUCUCUGUGCUGGUGCAGAGCCUCAGCUGUCAGGUCCUGUACAUGAAGACUGUGGUGGGCUUUAGUCAGAUGGACAAUGUGACCACCAUCCAGCCCCUCAGCCAAUCUCAGGUGAACUACACAGUUAAUGUGGAGAUACGGACCCCGUAUGUGUAUACAUUCUGUACCAUGCCCAGUAUCAAGGUCCAUAACAUCGUUAUAUUCAUGCAGACGUCAGUGAAAACCUCGUAUAUGGUGAGGACUUCUCAGAACAACCUGGAGUCUUACCCGUACAUAGACUGUGGAGCCAAUAGCACAUUCCCCCACAGGAGCAGGGAGCGCUGGGACCCCUCCUAAACCCUAAAAAGCAAGUGUUACUAAGAGGGUAGUCGACAUGAGGGGGACAAAGGUCUUAGGGGCCCAGAAUUGAAACCUCUGACUAUUAAUUAAUAUUAGGGGCGAGGGGGUAACCAGGCCUGUUUUACCUCCCAAAACAGGCCUGGUUACUAAAGAUGUGGUUGCUUAUGUGGAGUUUACUUGCAGUUUGAAUACACAUGUUGUUGUGUUUGGCAGCAUAGUUUGGGGAGGUUUCUGUUAGAUGCUAUUGACCGGCGUUAUCAUGUUUACACAAAUGUCAAAGCUGCACUGCGUAACAUUUCGAGUGGAGGGUCUGCUGCUGCUGCCUGCUUGUCUUCAUGGAAAUAUUAUUGCUUUGUCUAGACAAGCAGGUUACAGCACUGUGCUACAUUACAAUUCAGAUCUUUGGAGAGUCACUCCUAUUCACAGAAGGAAUUGUUGUAGUUUUGAGCAAUAAAAACACCAUGGAAAAAGGAGAAGUUUAAUUUGUCAACUGGACAAAAGUUUAAUUUGGUUAAAUACAUUUCGUCAGACGCUGGUGGACACUUCCUUAUGUCUGACUGAACGAAGGUGCUAACCACAAUGAAACUAACACAUCUACUUGUUUACAGUUUCUGUUAGUUAGCUAAGCUUACUGUACUUGCAGGGGUCAUAUUAGGGGUCAUAUCAGUAUAAUCAAUCAAUCAGUGCACGUUCAAUAAGCCUAGCUAACUAAUAGAAAUUGUAAAUGAAUAGAUGUGUUAGUUUCAGAGUAGUUUCAUUGUAGUUAGCUCCUCCCUACAGGCAGAUAUAAGCAGUGUCAGCCAGCAUUUUGACCAGAACUGAAGAAGCAGCUUGGAUGAGCCGUGAAACGUAUUCAACCAAAAUAAACUUUUAUCCAGUUACAGAAUUAAAUUUCUCCUUUUGCCAUGGAUUCUGCUUGCACCACUGAGGGGUUUUACACACAAUAGAAACACUCUUAAUGAAUAAAUGAACAUUCCAGGCAAAGCAAUAACAUCUCAAGUAGGUAGGGUACAGAAAAGACCAGAAAAGUUGCACAGUGCACCCUUUAAAAGAAUUUUGGUGAAGAUCUGCUGAGAUUAGCCAAAUCGCUGUCUGUGUUUAUCUCUGUGAUCUUUGGCUUCCUCCUGGUUAGACACAGCAGCACUGGAGGAGACAAUGCUCUUUUCUUUAAGGAGAAUAGGUCACAUUCAGCUAAUAAUGAACCAGUCAACUGCUUGUCUGCUUAGGUUUACGUUUUCCUGCUGUCAUAUGACCACAGGAUAUUGGCCUAAUGCUGAGAAUGCAUCAGUGAAUUAUUUGGUAUAAUAGGCUCUGUGCACAGUAGCACACUAGCUAGCUCAACAAAACGUAUUAAAAUAUAUAAUAAACACUACCCAAUUAUAUUUAUAGGUAGAAUACUUCACUUUGUAUCGUUGUUGUAAUAUGUUUUAUGCCUCAAAAUUAUCAUUAGCAUUGAGACAAACAUCUCUCUUUCUAAACACAGAAGUAUCCUCUGCUUAAGUAUUUGUUUUAUUUGUGUACUUUUAACCGUCACAUCCUCCCUCAGCCUGACGUUCACUGCCUUAUCUUUAAAUAUUUAUAAAAGCCUCAUAGAAAUAUCAUUGGAUAGGAAUUAGUGAUGCUAACAGUGAGGUUGCUGGGUGCUAUUUGUGCACAAAGUCUAUUGGGCCGUAGAUUACUCAAAAGGAGAGAAUAAAUUAACGAAGAAUCCUGUCACUGCAUCCAAGUUCCUAGGAUUUCAUUCAAAACAAUGAACUUUUGAGAAAUAUUAAAUACAGGAAUCGUUUACAACUACAUGCUAACCAAGCUAAAUGCUAAGUAUGUGUUUGAGUGUUUUUAGAGAAUAUAAUUCAAUUUGGAUUUACAGCUAAUUCUGUUUUCAGGGAAUGACCUUAAUUGCUUUUAUUAGGAAUAGUUCUUUAGCUUGUGAAUUUUAAUGCGUUUUUGUUGUAUUGUUAUUUUGUUUUCAUAAAAUUACUGACAAUAAAACUAGAACCAACA